CCCAUUACGCGACAGCCGGUUAAACGCCACAUCAGUUCUAAAUUUAAUUAAAAAAAGUGGUCCAAAGCCAGCUGAAAACUGGUGAAAAUUGCAAAUAGUGAGCCAGUGAAGCUUAGGGAUCUUGGGUGUUAGCUUUCCCGUUAUGUGCGUGUCGAAAAACACCUAGAAAACAAGAGGAAACCAUGUUACGUGCAGCGGCGUUGUGUGUGUCUGUGGUGCUCUUGGCACUAUUUUCGCCGAUUUCUGCGGAAUCGAGCAAGAGCUACCCUAUCACCACUCUAAUCAAUGCCAAGUGGACGCAGACUCCACUUUAUCUGGAGGUUGCCGAGUAUCUGGCCGACGAACAGGCAGGACUCUUCUGGGACUAUGUCCAGGGAGUCACCAAACUGGACACGGCUCUGAACGAAUAUGAUACGGAGUCGCAGCAGUACAACGCUGCCUUGGAGUUGGUCAAGAGCCACGUGAGCUCGCCACAACUACCUCUACUUAAGUUGGUGGUCUCCACGCACAGCUUAACGCCGCGUAUCCAGACGCACUUUCAAUUGGCCCAAGAGUUGAGAAGCGGAGGCGCCUGUGACGGUUCCACUUUUGCCCAGGUUGGUACCGAGCUGGCCUGCAGUUACGCGGAGUUGCAGAAAAAAUUGGGACUCCCACUGGCCAAGGAAAGCCUGGAUGCCCCGGUGGUAACCUAUAGCUUCGAUCAUAUCUUCCCCGGCAGCGAGAACAACACCCGCACUGUGGUUCUAUACGGCGAUCUGGGAAGCUCUCAAUUCCGUACUUAUCACAAGCUGUUGGAAAAGGAGGCUAACAGCGGAAAGAUACGUUAUAUCUUGCGGCAUCAGUUGGCUAGCAAAGACACUCGUCCUGUGAGGCUUUCAGGUUACGGCGUGGAACUGCACUUGAAAUCCACAGAGUAUAAGAGCCAGGACGAUGCACCAAAACCAGAGGCGGGGGCCUCUUCUGACGACUCUGAUGAUCUGUCAAAUGAGUCAGAUGUCCAAGGCUUCGAUUUUAAAAUCCUGAAGCAGAAGCACCCCGCACUGAAAAGGGCUUUGGAUCAACUGCGUCAACGACUUUUGCAGGGCAACGAUGAAAUCGCCCAGCUGAAAGCAUGGGAGUUCCAGGAUCUGGGUCUGCAAGCUGCCGCAGCAGUGGCGGAAAUCCAGGGAGACGAAACGCUACAGAUUCUGCAGUACAUCGCCCAUAAUUUCCCCAUGUUGGCCCGCACUCUUUUGGCUCACAAAGUAACGGAUGCUUUAAGGGCAGAGGUCAAGCAUAAUACGGAUGUUUUUGGCAGAAGUUUGAAUGUGGCGCCGCCAGAUGGAGCCCUUUUCAUAAACGGACUCUUCUUUGAUGCCGACACCAUGGAUUUGUACUCCCUGGUAGAAACUCUGCGCUCGGAGAUGCGUGUUUUGGAAAGUUUGCACAGCAACAGUGUCCGAGGAAAUCUGGCCAGUUCACUACUAGCUUUAGAUCUCACCGCGUCCAGCAAAAAGGAGUUCGCCAUCGAUAUUCGCGAUACAGCUGUUCAAUGGAUCAAUGAUAUUGAAAACGACGCCCAAUACCGGCGUUGGCCUGCAUCUGUGAUGGAUCUCCUGCGUCCCACAUUCCCCGGAAUGUUGCGAAAUAUCAGAAAGAACGUGUUCAACUUGGUGUUGGUUGUUGAUGUCCUGCAGCCCCUGGCUAGGAGUGUGAUAAAGCUGUCCGAAUCAUUCGUUAUCCAUCAGGCUCCCAUCCGCCUGGGUAUAGUUUUUGAUGCCCGGGAUGCUAACAAGGAUAAUCUGGAGGACUACAUUGCCAUUACCUGCGCCUUCAACUAUGUGAGUCAAAAGAAGGACGCCCGGGCCGCGCUGAGUUUCCUCACAGACAUUUAUGCCGCCGUUGGCGAGACCAAGGUGGUGAAGAAGAAGGACAUCGUAAAGCAGCUGGCAAAGGAGUUCUCAACUCUAUCCUUUUCCAAGGCUGAGGAGUUUUUGGACGAGGAUGGCACCUACGAUUAUGGCAGGGAAUUGGCGGCCGAGUUCAUCCAGAGGCUUGGAUUCCCGGAUAAGGGCCAACCACAAGCCCUGAUGAAUGGUGUCCCCAUGCCAUCGAAUAUUGUGACAGCCGAUAGCGACUUUGAGGAGGCUAUUUUCACGGAGAUUAUGAGUCACACCUCCAAUCUGCAGAAAGCCGUUUACAAGGGCGAUAUGACGGAUAACGACGUGGCCAUCGACUACCUAAUGAAUCAGCCGCAUGUCAUGCCUCGCCUCAACCAAAGGAUUCUCAGUCAGGAUGAUGUCAAGUAUCUGGAUAUUAAUGGCGUGGCCUACACCAAUCUGGGAAAUGUGGCUGCUUUAAAUAAGCUUUCCAACCGCGACAUGACCGCCACCUUAAUGGAGAAUCUCAAGUACUUUGGCGGAAAGAAAUCCACGGAAAAGAUUGGACGUUCAUCGCUGCAAUUCCUAACUCUGUGGGUGUUUGCCGACUUAAACGAGGAGCAGGGCAGAUCUCUGCUUACCCAUGCUUUGGAAUAUGUGCAGAGUGGCGAGAGUGUUCGCCUGGCCUUUAUUCCCAAUACCGAAAGUUCCGGAGCGGAUAAGAAGAAUCUGAAUCGCUUGGUUUGGGCUGCUAUGCAAUCGCUGCCACCGACUCAGGCCACUGAGCAGGUUCUCAAGUGGUUGAAGAAGCCAAAGGAGAAGAUUGAAAUACCAUUGCAACUGGAGGACAUCCUUGGCUCCACUGAGCUCCAUCUGAAGAUGCUUAGGGUUUAUGCUCAGCGCGUUUUGGGUUUGAAUAAAUCCCAGCGUCUGGUAAUUGGAAAUGGGCGUCUUUAUGGCCCUCUCACCUCCGAUGAAAGCUUUGAUAGCGCUGAUUUUGCCUUGUUGGCCAGAUUCAGCUCCCUGCAGUAUGGCGACAAGGUGCGUCAGGUCCUUAAGGAGUCCGCUCAAGAUGUCAGCGAGCAGUUCACCAGCGAUACCUUGCUUAAGCUCUACGCCAGCUUGCUGCCCAGGCAGACCAAGACACGUUUCAAGCUGCCCACUGACCUAAAGUCUGAUCAUUCGGUGGUCAAGCUGCCUCCAAAACAGGAGAAACUGCCACACUUUGAUAUAGUUGCCGUUUUGGAUCCCGCUUCCCGAGCAGCCCAGAAGCUGACACCGAUUUUAAUCCUGCUGCGACAGGUGCUCAACUGCCAGUUGAAUCUCUACCUCAUUCCUGUGCCCCAGCACAGCGAUAUGCCGGUGAAGAACUUCUACAGAUACGUAGUUGAACCAGAGGUUCAGUUCGAGGCUAAUGGUGGAAGGUCUGAGGGACCUCUGGCCAAAUUCAGUGGACUGCCGGCCAAUCCUUUGCUGACACAACAGCUCCAGGUUCCAGAGAACUGGCUUGUGGAAGCAGUACGUGCCGUUUACGAUCUGGAUAACAUUAAACUAACCGAUAUUGGUGGACCCGUGCACAGCGAGUUCGAUCUGGAAUAUCUAUUGCUGGAAGGCCACUGCUUUGACGCCUCCAGUGGAGCUCCCCCCAGGGGCUUGCAGUUGGUGUUGGGCACUCAGAGCCAGCCCACCCUAGUAGACACCAUUGUGAUGGCCAAUCUGGGCUACUUCCAACUGAAGGCCAACCCAGGAGCCUGGUCGCUGCGAUUGCGUGAAGGAAAAUCCACAGAUAUCUAUAGCAUAAGCCAUGUGGAAGGCACCAACACUCAUCACGCCGCGGGAACCAAUGAUGUUCAGGCUUUGAUCACCUCGCUGCGCUCUCAUGUGAUCAAGUUACGGGUUUCUAAGAAACCGGGAAUGCAGCAGGCGGAACUCCUUUCGGAUGACAACGAACAGGCAGGGCAGUCGGGAAUCUGGAACAGCAUUGCCAGCAGUUUUGGUGGAUCCAAUAGCAACCAGGCAGCCACCGACGAGGAUACGGAAACCAUAAACAUCUUCUCAGUGGCAUCGGGCCAUCUGUAUGAGCGUCUCUUGAGGAUUAUGAUGGUCUCCCUGCUGAAACACACGAAAUCCCCGGUGAAGUUUUGGUUCUUGAAGAACUAUCUCUCCCCUCAGUUCACCGAUUUCCUGCCCCACAUGGCCAGUGAAUACAACUUCCAGUAUGAACUGGUCCAGUACAAAUGGCCACGAUGGCUGCACCAGCAGACGGAGAAGCAGCGAACUAUUUGGGGAUACAAGAUUCUCUUCCUGGACGUGCUCUUCCCGCUGAAUGUCAGAAAAAUCAUUUUUGUGGAUGCCGAUGCGAUUGUUCGAACGGAUAUCAAGGAGCUGUAUGACCUGGAUCUCGGUGGAGCUCCCUAUGCCUACACACCCUUCUGUGAUUCGCGCAAGGAGAUGGAGGGCUUCAGGUUCUGGAAGCAGGGAUACUGGCGCAGUCACUUGAUGGGCCGAAGGUAUCACAUAUCGGCCCUGUACGUGGUGGACUUGAAGCGAUUCCGCAAGAUUGCAGCUGGCGACAGGCUGCGUGGCCAAUACCAGGCCCUCAGCCAGGAUCCAAACAGUUUGUCCAAUUUGGAUCAGGACUUGCCCAACAAUAUGAUCCACCAGGUGGCCAUUAAGUCACUGCCCGAUGAUUGGUUGUGGUGCCAGACAUGGUGCAGCGACAGUUCCUUCAAGAGUGCCAAGGUAAUCGAUCUGUGCAACAAUCCGCAGACCAAGGAGGCUAAGCUCACGGCCGCCCAGAGGAUUGUGCCCGAGUGGAAGGACUACGAUGCGGAACUAAAGACCCUGUUGGCUCGAGUCGAGGAUCACGAGAACUCCCACGGUCGGGAGUCGACGGACGAUGAGUAUCAUUCAUCCAACGAUCAGGUCGUCACCACUGCCUCAACGCCGCCUCAUGAACCCAAGCACGGCGAGCUGUGAUCCACGCGUAGUUAAAGAAACGAGUUUAGUGAAUUUAAGUCUAAUAUCGAUGGAUACACACUUGAUUAACAUUUAGCUAAGACCCUACCUCGAGAAACGACUAAACAUAUUUGUACAUUUUAAUUAGAGCAUAAUGCAAAUCAUAACUACGAUAAAACUACAAGAUAACUCACUAAAGUCUGAAAUGAUUUUUAAAAUUUUGUUUCAAAUGAUUUUCUUGUCUUGCAUUCCAAGAGCCGUAGCCACUAAACGAUUUAAGCUGAAUUGAAUGUCAUUAUAAUUAAAAUACACUGAAUGCGCCUUUAAGAUGAAAAGUUUGUAUUAAAAGUUAAAGCGAUUCGAUAGAAAUU